ACUUCCGGGUGAGGAUCCCAGCGGUGUCCGGUUCCUCCCGGCGGUGUCCCGGCUUAGGCCCUGCCUCCCCUCCACUCCUCACGGCUCCGCGGCAUGUGAGCAGCGGCGGCCGGGCCUGUCUCCCACUGAGCUGUGCUGGCGAAGCAUGAAAUUCUCUGGGGAGGCUCCAGCUGGCUGCCACUGUCUGUUCAGCAGCAGUGUGUGUAAGGAUGUCUAUGUACACCUGUUGGCUGCGGGAUGGAGUAGCAGCCUUGCUCCAUUUGGCAGAGAGAGUGUAACUCGCCUGGCAUACAGACGGGUUCUGCUCCCACAGGAGCUAUCAUUGUGGUUGUGUUCUAAGCUGCACUGGAAAAACUUCAUUGGAGUAAUGGGAAAGAUGGGAAGCAUGCAGAUGUGAAAAAGCCUGCUCUUAAAAGGAGAAUAUCUGUAGCAAGUGGAGAUUGGAAGUAAAAAAGAAGGCUAAGCAGGAAGAGGAGGGGUGCUAGAAGGAUCCUGGACUCUUCAGAGGCCCCAAAAGACUCUGAGGACGGGAGUUAAUUCCCAAUGUCCUGCAAUGGAUGAUGACAGUCAGGAUGAACUGAUAAACAAGAAUGCUUCGCUAGGCAAAGGCAAAAGGCUAAAUCUGGUGCUCCUUAGUGAAGCAGAAAGCAAUGAUAGCAAUAGUGGAGACUCAGAAGAAGACACAGGAAGUGAGGAAGAUGCCACUGAUGAAGAUGGAGGUGAGGAGGAUGAGGAAGAAGGUGAAGAUGAAGAUUUAGAAGAUGAUGAGGAUGAUGAGGAGGAUGACUAUGCUGAGGAAGAAGAACUGGAAACUGCUGUUGGUGAAACCACAGGUGCUUUGAAAGCAAUACCACAGACAAAUGGAGAGAGUGUUUCCUCUGAUGAAGAUGGUGAAAACUGUCCAAUCUGCCUUAAUACCUUUAGGGGUCAGGCAGUUGGAACUCCAGAGAGCUGUGCCCAUUACUUCUGCUUAGACUGUAUAGUGGAGUGGUCUAAAAAUGCCAACUCCUGUCCAGUGGAUCGAAUCCUGUUCAAAUACAUUAAUAUUCGGGCACAGCUUGGUGGUAAAAUCCUAAAAAAGAUUCCUGUGGAGACUACAAAAGUUCAGGAUGAUGAUGGUGAUGAAGAUGAUCCAACCUUUUGUGAGGUGUGUGGUAGAAGUGACAGAGAAGACCGCCUGCUGCUGUGUGACGGCUGUGAUGCAGGAUAUCACAUGGAAUGCCUUAAUCCACCUCUCGGCGCGGUCCCUGUGGAUGAGUGGUUCUGUCCAGCCUGUGCACCAGCUGAUGGGGACUCGGCUGGUGCCGAUACAGAUCACGUGAGUGAAGAAGAGGUGGCGGCCCUUGUGGCAGAUGUCAUCCCUACCACCAGUAGGCUACGUCCUCAUGUCCGCACUCGAGCAAUAGCCAGGACUCGGCAGAGUGAACGUGUUAGGGCAACAGUGAACAGAAAUCGGAUAACAACUGCACAGCAAAUUCAGCAUGUGCCAAGGUACCUCAUGUCUUCUCUCCUUGAUGAAACGAUCGAUGCAGUUGUAGCUGGGUUAAACACGGUAUACCAGCGACCUCUGACACCACGGGGCCCAACCAAACAGAAAAGGAAGACAGGUAGAAGGAAGAAAGUAGGCGGCAAGAAAAGAACACAGACAAAAUCUUCUGGUGGAAAAAAGAGUUCAGGAACACGUGUCAAAAGACGCAAGCAUCGAAUGAAGAGGAGAAAGGGGAGGAAGAUAAGAGUAAGACCGCAUGUGAAAAAUGAAGUUACUGCUCGAUCCCGAAUUGCAAGAGCUCUUGGUCUUGGUAAACCUGUGCGUGGAGCUUCAAUCCCCUCUGUGUACAAACCUACAGAACCUUCACUUGGCUUUAUGAGAGCAGAUAUUGGCGCAGCUUCUCUGUCUGUGUUUGGAGAUCCUUAUGAACUGGAUUCAUAUGACAGUAAUGAAGAGAUUCCAGCAAACCCAGUUUCACCUGUGAGCGCCAAAAGGAGAGUUCUUUCUCAGUCAGCAUUAAGGUCUCAUCGGCCAGUUGCUAGACCCAUUUCUGUAGGACUUUCCAGGAGCAGCGUUCCUGCCUUGGGCCCUGAUCCAGAAGCCGAAGCAGAAGCAGCCCCUGUCCCUGACCUGUUAGGAAGUAUAUUGUCUGGCCAGAGCCUCCUCAUGAUGAGUAGUUCUGAUGUGGUCAUCAACAGAGAUGGCUCACUAACAGCAAAGAAGGCAGCUCCCCCAUUACAGGGAAACUCAGUGAGUGACUCAAGAGUGGAAACUGAAUCAGGGGAAAAUCUCCAACCAAGUAUGUUGCACUCAGGGACCACAGCAAGCAGCUCCAAUGCAGAAUCUUCAAUUCCAUUGGGGCUUAAUCCUCAUACCAGACCCACUUCAUUCAGUUCAUUUUCAUCCUCCUCCUCGAGCAGAUUUGAGCCAGCAGCAAACCCUGUGCAGACUGCAUCACAAAGGGCAGCUGUUAGAUUAGGCUUUCCAAUGACACCCCGGUCAGUUCAGACUCACAACAUGGCAAAGUUGAACAGAUACGGUUCAAAAACAGAUGACAUGUCUAGACUUAAUGGGGACUCAAAACGUUUGGUGCCCUGUUGCUCCUCCAUAUCUUCUAAGCCCUUUAGCGGUAACUCUAAUUUGGGUUCCAAGAAUGUAGUUGCAAGGCAACUGUUAAAACCACCUUCCAAGAGAAUUGAUAUCUCUGAGCUUCCCAGGAUACCAAAGAUUAAAAAGGAAGCUAGCAGUGGACAUUUGGAACCAGAACCUACAGCAAACCCAAACUGUGACAUCCCUAACUCCUGUAUAACCCAGUUGACUGGCAAAGGGAGCACUAAUCAGCCAGGAAGAGGUAACAAGGUAGAAAGCCACAAGUCAAAUGUCAAGGAAUCUCAACAGACAUAUACAGGGGGAAGCUCUUUUUCCACAAGUAGAGGUGUCUAUAGUAGCUCAGCACUGUCUGGGACAUCAGGGGGGAAAAGUGCAAGCUCUUCUUUUGAGAGCUUCAAGAUUAAUAUCCCUGGAAAUGCAGGGCAUCCUGGCAGGCUGUCCAGUCCUGGAUUUUGUAACACUUUCCGCCCUGUCGAUGACAAAGUGCAGCAGAAAGAGAACCCAUCACCUCUCUUUUCAAUUAAAAAAACAAAGCAGAUCAAAAGUGAAAUAUAUGAUCCCUUUGAUCCAACAGGCUCAGAUUCAAGCUCAGCUAACAGCAGUCCUGAACGUCUUAGCCCAGGGAUGCCACUAACUAACAUCACCAGGACCAUUUCAGUAGAAUGUCCUGAAGUUCAGACAUUUCAAACUGUGCGUCGUUUUACCCCUUACACCAUGGAAAAUAUAUUUGGGUCUGGUACUGAGUCUGAUGUACUGUCAAGUAAUGCAGAGUCACAUGAUGAUAUGACAGUAGAGGGCAGGAUUGUGGAACAGAUCUCUGAUGCUGAAGAACAAGAGAAAAUGGAUGAGGAGGAUUCUCUAAGCAGCCCCUGUACUUCAUCAGCACUCAAGCAAACUUCUAACUUGGGGCAUUUAAAAGAAGAGAGUAGAGAAGGUCCAAGUGUGUUCUUUGAUGCAGAAGACCUAGUUAGACCUACUGUAAAGCUGGAGCCAGGCAGCCCCUUGUGUAAUGAAGGGCAGAAAAAAAUCAAUAGAAGAGAACAAGUGGAGAGAGUGUCACGUUCUCGAUCUCGAUCCCGGUCCAACUCUAGCUCUCGGAGCCGGAAGAAAUUGAAAAAAAAGAAGGCGCUGCUCAAAGAACACAAGAAAUCCCGGUCACGGUCCCGAUCGAGAACGCGCUCCAGGGAAAGAAGCUCCAGGUCUGCGUCCUGGUCUGCUGAGGAGGACUGCAGCAAAAUGCAUAAGUUAAAAUCCAAGAGCAAGAGAUCAUCUAGUGACCGUUCCAGCAGCCAUGAGCGGUUGAAAAAGAAGAAGGCAAAAGAUAAAACAAAAGACAAAAAAGCAAAAGCAUCCUGGUCCAAGGACAGAAAGAAAUCCAGGUCACGAUCGGGGAGUCCUGGCAGUUCUUCUGAGUUUUAUGAGAGCAGGAAGAAGAAAAGGCGCUCUGGCUCUCGAUCAAGAGAAAGAAAACGUUCCCGAUCCAAUAGCAUUGAGAGGACAAAGAGACGGAAACACAGGCAAGACAAAAGCUACGAGAGAUAUGAUAAAAGAGAUGGCAGCUCAAGGUCAAGGGAAAGGAAAAGAUCAAGGUCCCGGUCCCGGGAGAGGAGAAAAUGGAGGUCUAGAUCACGGUCUGCAUCACGGUCCAGGGAGCACAAAAGCACCAAAUCUAAGGAAAGACUACCACGGUCUAGAUCACGUUCCAAGGAAAGAAAGCACAGGCCAAAAGAAAUGUCGCCACUUUCACCUCCAGAGAAGGAUCGCAGGUCUUCAGAUGAAAAUGUAGUACGGUGUGUGGAAUAUUCUCAUUCCUUGAAGCAAGAGCCAAAAGAGCCUGUAGUAGAUGAGCCCUCCUUAAAUAUCCCACCAGACUUCAAACCCAAGGAGGAGAUUCCUGCUGAGACUGCAGUUCAACAGAGAGAUUUCCAAGAAAAAGUGGAAAUGGACCCAGUCCAUAAAGAAUUUGAAAAUGAAGUUGCACUCCCUCCACUGCAGAACACAAGCUCUGGUGUUGCUCUUGAUAAUGUGGAUUCUUCUGUCAAGACAGAGAUUGUGGAUAGUAAUGAUUCAGCUGUGGUUAGUAGCCACAACAGUGUAAACCUGGAGGAGAUUAUAGCUAAAAUAGAAGAAACCAUGGAGUGUCCAGUUCUAAUGGAACCUCCUCUAGAGAAGGAGGUGGUCGGACAGGAUGAAACUGCAGUACCAACCCAAAGCUUAUCUGAAAACAAAAUUGUAGUGUGCGUGGAAGAGGUGAAAGAUGAGUGUCCUGUGUUGGAUGAAAAAGCUAGUGAGGUAAAUAAGCUUGAGCUGGAACCUGUUCCCCAGGGAACUGUGUUGAAAUCUAAAGCACCAGUGAAACGGGUCACAUGGAAUUUACAACAGGAAGAAAGUGAUGUGUUGGCUGCAGAGAAAACACCACGGGUGCCGUUUUACAAACUACAGAGAGCAAAAGAAGGGGCCUGGAAAGCAGAGGACUUGAACCAAACAUUAAAUCAGGUGUACAAUCAAAACAUACCUUUAACUCCACCUCUGCCUUCAAGUCUUCCACCCUACGCACCCGUCAGUCAGCCCACGGUUCAGUUUAUAAUGCAAGGCAGUCUUCCUCUUCUUGGAUCUGUGGCAGGACAGAAUUUGACUCCAGAGCCGGGCAGCCUAGUGACUGCUUCCGAGCCAGGAAUUCAAGCUGCCUCGGUUGGAAAUGCAGAAGAGAAAAUUAAAGCACUUAAGCCUCCGGUGGAGAAAACAAAAAAUGAAGAAUACAUGAAGAAAUUACAUAUGCAGGAGAGGGCUGUGGAAGAAGUGAAACUUGCCAUUAAGCCCUUUUACCAGAAGAGGGAGAUUACCAAGGAGGAGUACAAAGAUAUUCUCCGAAAAGCAGUCCAGAAGAUUUGUCAUAGCAAAAGUGGAGAAAUCAAUCCCAUGAAGGUGGCCAAUCUGGUAAAGGCAUAUGUUGAGAAAUAUAAACAUAUGAGGAAACACAAAAAGACUGACAUUGAAGAGACGCGUGAAAUGGAGAAAUGAAAAAAAAGCAAGACCCAGCCUGAAGGAAGGUGGGAUUAUUUUGGCCAUGGACGUUAAUUAUUCCAGAGAAAAUAGGUCUGCAGUUGCAUCUCAUUGAAAACAAAGUGCAAAGGAGCAGCAUGUCAUUGGACUUAUCUGCUGAAUCAUCAUUGUUUCCAUGUGGGAAUAGAACUUUGUCUUGGAUUAACAACAGGUGCAGAGCUCAGUGACAGUCUUCAGAAGCCCCCCGACCAGCAGAAUAGUUCCAGUGGAAACUCAGAAGAUGUUGUUAAACUUUGGGGGCGGGGGGGUUUGAUAUUCUAGAGCUUUCAGGGUUAUUUUGAUCACAUUUUUGGUCUGCGCACCUGUCUUGCUAACAGUUUGAAACUGGACGCCAUUUUUUAUAUGCAGUAUAUAGAGAGAGAUAUACUGUUUCCAUUGCGUUUAUUUCUCGAACUAUGGAUUGUCUUUAGCAAUUUCUCAGAUUGAUUUAAUACUUGAAACGUGGUAUUUUUAGCCUGCUCGAUGGCGAGUGAAAGUUUGACUCACUCUGUCGUACAGGAGUUGCAAAAAUGAGCUAACCUUUAUACCUUGACUUUAGAAAACACUGCUCAAGAUGUGGCGUUUUAUUUACAUUUUGUUGAAGUAUCUUGUUAAUGAGGAGUUUAAUUUGGGGGGCUGGGAGAUUAUGUUGCACUUCUGUAAAUAAUGAGCUGAUAGUUGGGUUUUUUUUGUGUUCAACUAAGCUGCCUUUCAAAGAAAACAAAGAGCAAAGAUUGCAACUUUUCAGUAACCAGCUUGAGGAAUGAGACGGAACGCUGUACAAAGCAGAAAUGCGACAGAAUUUAUAAAGUUAUUUUGAAUGGU